AUGGAGUCUUCAUCUGCAUCAGAAACUGGUCCUGAACCGGCAUCAUCAUCAUCAGCAGCAGCAGCAGCAACAACAACAACAACAGCGACAGCGGCAGCGGCAGCGGCACCUACGCUGACAAGGCAGCAAACGCACGCGCUGUUCGAUAUCCUCACGCACCACGAGACAUAUUCGGAAAUUGAAGGCUUCAAGGCGCCCGAUGCGGUCACAGGAUAUGGAUUUCCCUUUGCGCGGACAACGACGACGACGACGGCUGAAGACGAAACUUGUUCGACGUCGCCGCUGCUGCAGCUCAUGCUGACGAGGCUGGUGCUGCCGCUGCCGGGCGUGCGGGACCUGCCGCCCGAGUUCUGGAACGUCAGGGCGCAGGGGCUGCUGGCUCGCUUUGCGGAGGCGGAGCUCUCGGAGAGCUUUGAUAAGGGGGCUUUGGGGACGAGGAAGACGCUGGCGACGGGGGCGAGCAGCGUGUUGGAGAUGGUGGGGAGGGGGAUCCUGGGCGGCAAGAAGAAGCAGACGAAGAAGAAGAAGGCGACGGAAGAGAGGGACUAUGAUGAGGCAAAGGCGGAAGACUUGCUGAGAGCGUUUGGAGAUUUGCUCGAGGAAUGGGCGUAUGGCGAUUUGAUGGAGCGGGUGUCGCAGCAUGUCACCGAGACGGAGGACCUCGAGAGCUUCUCCCCCGCCAUGAAGGCAGCAUUGAACUAUGCCAUCAUCAACAUCGCCACCUUUGCGCACCACAUCUUCACCGUCUCCCCCGAGGGCCAAGACCUCCUCAAGCUCAUUGAAAACAUCAACACCCUGAUCCCCUACAAGAUGAUCAAGCAGACGCUGCGCAUCGGCAACGCCGCCACCAUGAUCAGCGGCAUGAUGCGCCUCAUGCUCGCCAAGCUCAGCGUCACCAGCCUGACCAACUGGGUCGGCCUGACCGCCAACGCCGACGACGGGAUGAACCUCCUGCAGCGCAUCAUCUCUCUCGCGCUCUCAUGGGACGCGUCCGAGUUCCGCAAGACAGUGGACAGGAUCGAGAAGAUGAAGGGGGACGGCGCGCUGGCCGAGGACGUGCUCGAGGCGGUGAGGCGGCACGUCAGCUUGCCGAGGGGCGAGCAUCUUGCUGCGCGAGAGGCCAGUUUAAGGGACAACAAGUCGAUUGUCGUGGCGAUCCUCGAGGGAUGCGACGAGAACCUCGUGGAGGAGCUGACGGAGGCGCAGCACGCGCUUUGCUUGGAGUAUUAUGCUGCGCUGCUCUCGAUUCAUGAUCGGGAGGCGAUUACGAGCGUCUUGUGCCGGCAGCCGCCGGACCUGUUUACGCAGGCUAUCAAGGAUGUUGUCAGUGCAUAUGAGCCAAUGAUUCGGAUUGUGCAUUCGCGGAUCGAUUUACGGUUUUAUCUCGAAGCAGUGCAGAGUUUCCUGUCAGACUUGCUUCGCGAAGACGAUGAAGGUGAAGAUGACAAUGCCGGGGCGAGCGUGGAGGAUUACGUCGUGUUGCUGAGGAAGCACCGCGGGAUGCUGUACAAGUGGGUGCACGACUUUGCGAGGAACUGUCCCGAGGUGUGGAGGGAGUUUCCUGCGUGGGGACAGGCCAUUGCCACGAGAUUCCGAAAACCCGAUGCUGAACAGGAAGAUCAUGACGAUGAGGCAAAGGCUUGCAUGGAGGACCAGUUGAACGAGCUGGUUGGGUCUCUUGAUGGGUCGGCGAAGGAGCAUGUGUUGCGGGCUGUUGACAGGCAUGCCGAGUAUCUGGCCUCUGUCACGGAGCUUUCGCAGAGGCGUUUACAAGCGGUCAUUGAUGCCGCUGCUCGUCUUUCCACGGAUUCAUCAAUGUCGGUUCGAACGAGGGACUCGGAGCCGGGCAUCUAUCUCUCGCAGUGGCAGUCUUUGCUCGACUCGACCAAGAUAACGCCUGCUUCGAAGCAAGGGCCGCCUCGUCGCGGAGAAGACGUCAAGUAUAUCUCCACAAUGGGCAAGUUGGGUCUGGGGGGCGGGAACUCGAAACGACGACGACAAGGACGAAGUAAGAUUGAAGAGGAGGACGGGAUCAAGGCGCCGGAUGUGAGUGUUGUGGUGGAUGCUCUGGGGGAGGCGUUUAGGGAUGUGAUACGACAGAGGGGGAGGGAGAUUGAUUCAGUCAGGCCUUGA